AUGGAGAUUGAUGUCAAAGACGAGGAGCUGAAUAACAAUAACAAUUGUGAAAGUAAUAACAGUUCAACGUCUAAGAUUAUUAUUGAUAGUAUCAACAACAACGUAAAUGGUUUAUUAGACAAGUUCAGUGAAGGUUCAGCGAAAAUUGAUGCAGAUGAGAGCUCAUUGCCAUCGCCAAAGGCAAUGCUAGAGACCAUAAUGCCUUGCGAGAAGCUCUGCAGUAGUUUUCGGCAAAUUGCUGACGACAUAAGUGCUAGUGAUGUGAUAAAGACACAUAUAAAGCAUGAAAUUAGUGAGCCAAAAUUGGCAUGUGAAGGUGAAGAUUUGGGACGUGAACAAUUUCCACUUAACUUGAAGUCAAUGCGUCAUGGCACUGAAAUCAAACAGGGAAUAAAUCAUACAUGGAAUUGGAUGAGAAGAUUAAUGAAUCUAGGCACGAAAGUCACCGCCAAUGUCGUUAAGGAAAAUUAA